AUGAACAGACCGGACGGAACGUAGGAAUCGGACUGUGCGCGUAUUUGAAAGCGUACUUUUCAGUUUUGUCGCGCAGCAGCAGCGAAAUAUAUUACGUUUAUUUAUUAAUCGCGCAAUUACUUUGUGAAUCGAAAUGGAUUCUACCGUCGCGCUUAAACGAAUCGGUUCAAUACAUACUACAAUAUAUAUCCAAUUAUAAUUUUGUUGCUUCUUGCUACAUUUACACAUAAUUGUUAAAGUACCUAUGUAUGUAAGAAAAUUCCAGUGUCAUAAUUAUAACGCAUGUUUAUUUCAAAGGUGCAGUGAAGAAGAAAAUGAAAAAUGAAAAAUGUUAAAAUAUUAUUUGUUAUAAAUCAAUGUUUUUAGCAAAAAUAUGUGUUAUCUAGGCCAUGAUAAAUAAAAAGGUUGAAUAAAAUACAGCGAAAAAAGCUUCACUAUUUCUACCUACGUCAAAAACUGUGCAGUGAAUUCAAUGAAACCAAGAUCGUGCGCUACAAAAAGAUACGACUAAUUUAAUUUGGCAUCAAGGUUAUAAUAUUCUCGCCAAUUAAUCCAAACACAAAGUUGAUCAUAAAAAGAACGUAUUCAUACACACUUAUUUGAAAGUGCAAAAACAAAAAAAUUUAGCUGCAACUUUGAGUCACUAUGAGCUCAUUUUUAAUGGGUUAUCCACACGCGCCGCAUCAUGUUCAAAACCCCAUGGGUAUGGGUAGUGGUUUAGACCCGAAAUUUCCUCCCGUUGCUGAUGACUACCAUCACUACAAUGGUCAUUACACGAUGACGGCAUCAACAGGACACAUGUCAGGUGUAGGUGUUGCUAUGGGGAGUGGUAUGCCUCCUGGUAUGCCGACACAUCCCCAUGCUUCUCACCCUGCCGAUAUCGUUAAUGAUUACAUGGCGGCCGCUGCUCACCAUCAUUCCGCUGCCGCUCACAAUCCUCCCCACCCGCAUUCACACACAAAUAGCGCCCUCUCAGGUCAUCAUCACAAUAAUGGCUACAGCAACUACGCUCCAACGCCUACCCAUCAUCACCACCAAAGCCUUGGAUAUUAUGGUCAUCACACGGCUUCGGUGCAUUCGGUGCCGCCGGAGUUCAUAUCGGCAGGAGCGGUACAUUCUGAGCCUGUGACACCACUGGGAAACGGAGUCUACCCACCGCCGGUAAAUACACCGAAUGGCAUUAGCGCUUCAUUCACAUCUAAUGGAUACUAUGGCGGCUACUAUGGUACAAACGGGAGUGUUGGUAGUGCCCAUUCACAAGGUCAUUCUCCACACCCCCAAAUGAUGGAUAUGCCCAUUCAAUGCCCCUCAACGGAGCCUCCGUCAAACACUGCAUUAGGUCUCCAGGAAUUGGGUCUUAAGCUGGAAAAACGGAUUGAGGAAGCUGCACCCGCGGGCCAACAGCUACAAGAGCUGGGAAUGAGACUGCGCUGUGAUGAUACUGGCUCAGAAAAUGAUGACAUGCUAGAAGAGGAUCGUCUUAUGUUAGAUAGAUCACCAGAUGAGUUGGGUUCCAACGGAAAUGACGAUGAUUUGGGUGACUCGGAUUCAGAUGACGAUUUAAUGAGAGAAACAACAGAUGGCGAAAGAAUCAUAUAUCCAUGGAUGAAGAAAAUACAUGUGGCUGGAGUCG